ACGAAGCUAGAAGGUGAUACAUAAGCACUCAGCAAUGAAUGCAUUGCAUCCAUAGCAGAAACAGCUCCGAAACUUCCUCGUCUUGGCGUUAGUACAGAUGAGAAAGCUCUCAUCAUGGCGGACGCCGAUUCGUUGUAUGACAUGAGUUCUGACUUGGAUAUGGAUCAAAGCGCCGUCGAUGCAGACGUAGAAGAUGAUGAAGUGUCUGGACAAAGUGCUGAAGCAGCAGCUCGUAAAAAGAGCAAGAAGAAGAAACGUAAGCAAAAGGACAUUGAAAGAUCCAGCGGAGAUUCUGAUAGCCAGGUGUUUGCUGAUGAGAAAGAACAUAGAAUUCCACGGAUUGAGGGCAAAAGUGAUCAAUCACAAUCAGGAAUUGAAGCUGAUUCGGAAGGAACAGAGUCCAAAAAUCAAGCCCCUCUUGACAAGGAUGACAAAGCUGUUACAAAAGAUGGUCAACCAGAGAAUUCCAAGCAUCAAUCUAUUGUAGCUGGUCUUCAGAAGAUUCAGUGGGCCAUGGAGUUACUCUCUAUGCCACAAGGUGCUCCAAAAAGUUUAGAAGAAGCAAACAAAAAGAAAUACCAGUUUUGGGAGACACAGCCUGUUCCUAAACUCUCGGAGAAAAUAGAUGAAAAUGUUAAUGAAUGUAUUGAAACUGACAAGCUCCCUGAUGACAUUCGUCAAGAAUCUUACUCUCUACCAGAUGGCUUUCAUUGGGAUACGUUAGAUAUCAACAAACCAGAUAUAUUGAAAGAGCUGUACAUCCUUUUAAGUGAGAAUUAUGUUGAAGAUGAUGAUAAUAUGUUCAGAUUUGAUUAUUCUCCUGAAUUUCUUCAAUGGGCAUUACAACCUCCUGGUUGGGUAAAGGAUUGGCAUUGUGGUGUACGAGUAACGAAGAAUGCUAAACUAGUAGGAUUUAUCAGUGCCGUGCCUGCGCACAUUAAAGUAUAUAAAAAAUUUAAAGAUAUGGUAGAAAUCAAUUUUUUGUGUGUACAUAAGAAACUUAGAUCAAAACGGGUGGCUCCUGUUUUAAUUCGGGAGAUAACGAGACGAGUCCAUCAACGUGAUUUGUUCCAGGCUGUUUACACUGCUGGUGUUGUUUUACCCAAACCCAUAGCUUGUAGCAGGUAUUGGCAUCGUUCUUUAAAUCCUCGGAAACUCAUUGAAGUACGAUUCUCUCACCUGGGACGCAAUAUGACAAUGCAGAGGACUCUAAAGUUUUAUAAACUACCUGACCAAACUAAAACUCAAGGUUUCCGAGAUUUAAGAGUAGAGGAUGUGGAAAAUGCCUAUCAGCUUGUAUUGAAGUAUCUCCAUAAAUUCGACCUAGCACCUAUAUUCAGUGAAAAGGAGUUCAGACACUGGUUUCUGCCACGUCCUGGAAUAGUAGACAGCUAUGUCGUUGAGAAUGAUGGUAAAAUUACUGACUUUGUCAGUUUCUACACUCUACCCUCCACCGUGAUGCAUCAUCCAGUCCACAAAACCCUCAAAGCAGCUUAUUCCUUCUACAAUGUCAGCACUCAGACGCCCUGGCUCGACCUUAUGCAAGACGCCCUUGUUGUAGCGAAAAAUAUGGGAUUUGAUGUUUUCAAUGCUUUGGACCUGAUGAACAACCGAGAAUUCUUAGAGAAAUUAAAGUUUGGCAUUGGUGAUGGCAAUCUACAAUAUUACCUGUACAACUGGAAAUGUACUCCCAUGGAGGCCCAUCAGGUUGGUUUGGUCCUC